CCCUGCAGCCGUCAUCCCUAUCUCCCCUCUCAGCACUGGCCAUGCCGCCUCUUCUCUCCUCCCUCCGGGCCUCGCCCUGUUCAGGCUUCCCGCUCCGCCGCCUCCUUCUAAUCCGCUGCUCCGCCUCCUCAGCCACCCGCUCCUCGUCGCUCACCCCUUACCACGCCUCCUUCGCUCGCCGGAUGGCGCUCGCCGGCAUCCAUCCGCACCACCGCAUCGCGGUCGGGGUCUCCGGCGGACCGGACUCGAUGGCGCUGUGCGUGCUCGCCACGGCCUGGAAGAAGGCUGCGGCGCGGAAGGCCGGUGAUGAGGAGGGACCCGUCGCCUCGGCAUUCGUGGACGGGCUCCUCGGAGUUGUCGUCGACCAUGGGCUGCGGCCCGAGAGCGCCGACGAGGCGCGGCUAGUGCGUGACCGCGUCCGCGGCAUGGGUGUUGAGUGUGAGAUUGCUAAGUGUGAGUGGCCAGAUGGUCAUCCAAAGCAAGGGCAGGUGCAAGAGGCUGCCCGCGAAGUGAGGUACCAAAAACUAUUGGACAUUUGUAUAAAGCAACAGAUAGGAAUCUUGCUUAUUGCACACCACUCUGAUGACCAGGCAGAGCUCUUUGUUCUCAGACUAUCUCGCCAAAGUGGGGUUUUAGGGCUUGCUGGUACAGCCUUUGUGUCUCAAAUGUUUGCAUCUAAUGUAAAAUAUGAUGGGGAGAACUUUCGACGGUAUGGCAUCCUUCUUGUGCGGCCUAUGCUUGAGUUUUCAAAAGAUGACAUGUAUAAGAUAUGUCAAGGUAGUAAUCAAUCCUGGGUGGAAGAUCCAACAAAUACUAGUAUGAAGUAUGCUAGAAACCGAAUUCGGGCAUCUUUAAGAAAUUUAUCCACUGAAGGUACCUUUCUCCCAGGAGUUCAUAAACUGAUACGCGCAUGCCGGUUGACACGGUCAUUUGUUGAUUGUGCUUGCAGUAUGAUUGCAAAGCAGUCUGUGUCAAUAUCGGAGUAUGGAUAUGCUGUUAUUGACCUGGAAAACCUUGAUCCGUUAAAUGUUGAUGACCUUAGUCUUUCACAAUAUUUAGCAUAUAUCUUGCAGUUUGUUUCACAAAGGCACAGGCCACUUCGUGGUAGAUCUGUUCGACUGCUACUCGAUUAUAUUCGUAGCAGUCCCUGCAAGGCUGCCCUUAGUGUAGCUGGUUGUUGCCUUUGUGCUGUCCCAAGGUCUAAAGGUACAAAAGUACUUGUUUGUUGUUCUGUUGACUGGAUGGAGUCAUCUUCUGCUGAAACUUCCUACAAGUGUUCCUAUGAAGAGCAGGCACCUCCAGUACCUGAUAUUGACCAGAUAGUCCUUGAAGGACAUCUUCAAGCUAAUCAGUCUGUACAGAACCACUCAAACAUACAGUUUCUAUAUUCCAAAUCUUCCAUAGAUGUUCUGAACAAAGCGAAGGAUCUCAGCAUAAUAGAUGAUUUUACAUUAGAAAAGCUCCAUCACUUACGAACAGAUGAGCACGAUAAGUUUGUUGUAAAAGAACAUAAACACGAAGAACAGGACCUGGAGGAAACAAAAUUUCCUGAUUGUAAUGUUAAUGUUAUAAGCCUUUGUCCUGCUGAAACAUGUCACUUUAUGAGCAAAUUCUUGAUUACAUGGAAAGCUCCAGAAGAUUUCAAUGAAAUAUGUUUGCUUGAAAAUAAAGAAUCUCUGUCCAAGUUUUGUACUAUGAAUUUGGGUGGAAGUCUGGAAGUCCGGCACAUGGUCGAUACUGACUGGUUGUUCCUUGCUGAAGUUUGUAAUACCCCUUCAGUGGAAGAGAACCUUAGUGAUCCAAAAGCAUCCUGUACAAAGAUGAAAAUGGAUCCUGCACUGCAUCACUCCAGAUUCUUGCAACAAUCAGCACAGAAAGCUCUUCAGAUCCUUAGAUCUAUUCCAGCUGCUGCAAGACGAACACUUCCAGUACUAACCAAUGCACAUGGUGACAUAGUGUGUAUACCGAGUGUUGGCUUCAGAUGUUGCCCUAGUCUAUUGAUAGAAGCAGUAUUUUGUCCAAGAGUACCUCUUGGUGGAGGAUACAGUUCAUAUUUAUGAUUGAUUGAGCUUUGCUUUAGACGAAAUGAAACAUUGGGUGGAUAUUCACUGCUGGGAUAGUGGCUGCUGUCGCUGAAUGAUGCAAUCUGUCUGGGCAUCUUUGACUAAACCGUUCAACUUCUGUGACCAGUCCCAGUGGAUCUUGAGUAGAAACAUCUAAUUUGGCUUUCCCAUGACAUACUAGGUUAGUUAUAACUGAUAAGAGAACAUAUACAGCAGGGACAAGAUUAUGUAAUCGUACUGAAGAUACAAAUAAUGUAAGCAUACAGGUUCUUACAGGCGGGGCCCAAGGGUUAUUAGUAUUUUGCCUAUGCAUCUUGGGUUUCUGAGUUUGCUCUUCCUCACUGAUGUAAGCAUGAUAGGUCCAUCAUGCCUUGGUAUCUCUUGUGUAAAAGGAUGAGCAAUCAGGACACCAAGUAGGAGGGGCAUCAAGGUCAGUUUCUAGUCCCCAGUGUCGAGCUGACAUACCAUGGAUACAAUUUGUUGGGGUGAUAUCUGAUACAAAUGCAAAUUGAUAUUUUCUGCCAGUGUACAAGGUUUGUUCUGAAGGCUGUCAGAAUAUGAAACUUUGAUC